AUGAGCGCAGUGAAGUCCGUCAACGGCUCCUUCGCCGUCAGAGGCGGUGAUCACACGGCCAUUCCGGGGGCGAAUAGCAUCGACGGAGAUGUGCUCAUCGUCUUCUCCAACAUGACACGACUGGAACUCUCCGCUGUUCAGCUGUUAUUCGCACCCACGUUCAGCUCGGUCCAGGGCUGCGUUGGGGAGAGGUUUACAACGCCCUUGAGACAUACGAUCUUACCGUCGCCGGCGGCCGCGCAGCACCCCAACAAGUAUGGCUUCUCAGCCAACACGGUCAGCAGCUUUGAGGUUGUCCUCGCGGAUGGGAGAAUCGUGAACGCGACCGCUUCUAAUGAGUACAAUGACCUCUUCUGGGCGUUGAAAGGAGGCGGCCCGAACUUUGGACUCGUCACAUCGUUCGAACUCCAGACCAUACCCAGCCCAAGAGUAUUUGCCGGCGUUCUGCAAUUCGAGUCUUCCCAAUUUGAAGCCUUCUUUGAGGCUGUCGCUGCCUAUUCCACGGACAUCUUCGACGCAAAGUCACACAUCAUCCCCACAGUAGGAUUUGCCAGAGACGAUGGUACAGACGAGAUCUCGGCCUACGCAUACGUCGUGUUAUUCUACGACGAUCCGUAUGAGACAGAGCCUGGGAUUUUCCGCCGGUUUCUCGACAUACCCAACGUCGGCAACACGCUGAGUCACCUGACUGUCGCAAAUCUCGCUUUUGAGACUGGAAAGUCCGUCAUGGAUGGCCAGGGUGAUAUUCUCACCGGUGGAACGAUCGCGUCAACGGACUCUGAAGGACUGCUUGCCGGCAUUCACCUCAUCAGCGAGAUCUUCGAAGAGGCGGUAAGAUCGAUCCAGGCACAAGUUCCUGCCGGUACCUUCGCAUCCACGGAGGUGUACUUCCAGCCCCUCGGCCGAGACUUCAUCGUUGCCUCGCAGAAUAACGGUGAAGAUGGAGGGUCCCUGUCGCUGGACGAAUCCCAGGGUACCUACAUCGUCUACGCCAUUGCGCUGACCUGGGUCGACUCACAGUACGACGACGUUAUCUCCGCUUGGAUUGAGAAGACAGUCCAAACAAUCGACAGCGCCACGGCUGAGGCAGGCCUUCAUCAUCCUUUCAGAUACAUGGGAGAUUCCGCCGCCUUCCAAGUUGCUGAAUUCUUCGAUGGCUAUCCCCAGGGCGUUGCGGAACGGCUGAAUAAUGUCGCACUGAAGUAUGAUCCUGAAGGAUUCUUUCAGAAGAACAUGGCGGGUGGUUUCAAGCUGUCUGCCUCAAAGAUGUCCAGCAACGACGAUGCGGGAGAGGUUGGCAGGAGUGAGUCCUACGACGCAGGUAUCUUUACGCAGGGGGACGGAAGGGUCUAG